AUGGUUAUCCAUGACAAACACGAGUUCCUCACCGAGGAGGAGAGGCGCCUGAGGGAAGACCGCCAUCGCGAGAAGUACUGGAAGAAAUGGGGUCCCUAUGUCGCCGAGCGACAAUGGGCAACCGACUUUACCCACGACGAUGCACGAUCCCGAGCUUACAGAUGGGGUGAAGACGGAAUUGCUGGCGUUUCCGACACCCACGGUUUCCAAAACAUCGCAUUCGCCUUCUGGAACGAGGAAGACGAUUUUCUCAAGGAGAGGCUCUUUGGUCUCUCUAAUCCUCAGGGCAACCAUGGCGAGAGCGUCAAGGAAGCUCAUUUCCACGUCGAUAACACGCCCCACUCUUACAUGAAGUUCCUGUACAAAUACCCCCAGAAGAAGUUUCCGUACAAGGAUCUCCUUGACGAGAACGCGAAAAGAGGCAAGACAGACAAGGAAUACCAGAUUAUCGACACUGGUGUUUUCGAGGAAGACAGAUACUGGGAUAUUUUUAUCGAAACUGCCAAGGCGACCGACGACCCUGAGGAAAUUCUGUUCCGUGUGACGGCAUGGAACAGAGGUCCCGAUCCGGCACCCCUCCACAUUAUCCCGCACAUGUGGUUCCGCAAUACCUGGGCCUGGGGCCGCGAGCCCGAGGACAAGAAACCGUCCGUUGAGGCAUACGCGGAGAGCAUGGUCAAGUCCAAGCAUCACAAGCUUGGCGACCGGUAUCUUCUCAUGUCGCCCUCGCCUGGUGUCGGCUCUAGCGGCGACGACGUCCUUCCCAAGAUGAUGUUCACAGACAAUGACACCAACUAUGAACUGUUGUACAAGCAAGAGAACAAGACUCCCUAUGUCAAGGAUGCAUUCCACAGGUACAUUGUCGAUGGCGAGAAGGAAGCAAUCAAUCCCGAGCAGAAGGGAACCAAGAGCGCCGCAUGGUUCAGUUUCAACGAGGACGGCGGUGUUGGCCCUGGCGAGUGCGCGGUUGUGCGUUUCCGCCUUUCCAAGCGGAAUGAGACAUAUUUCGACGAAGGCGAGUUUGAUGACUUGAUCGACCUCAGAAUCGCCGAAGCCGAUGACUUUUACUACCGCCUCAGCCCGUUGCCGAUGGCUGACGACCUCCGCAACAUCCAGCGUCAGGCGUUCUCUGGCAUGAUGUGGACCAAACAGCACUACCUGUUCAUUUGGGACCAGUGGGCGAAUGGGGACCCAACUCAGCCACCGCCGCCGCCAAGCAGGAAGGACAUCCGCAAUAAUCAGUGGAAGCACAUGCAUUGCGACGAUAUCUUGUCCAUGCCUGAUUCUUGGGAAUACCCUUUCUUCGCCGCUUGGGACAGUGCCUUCCACUGCAUCACGCUCGCCAUGCUGGAUCCUGACUUUGCAAAGAAACAGUUGGAUCUCUUCACUCGCGAGUGGUACUGUCAUCCGAACGGUCAACUGCCAGCAUAUGAAUGGAACUUUGGCGAUGUCAACCCCCCCGUCCAUGCGUGGGCCACCUUCCGCACGUUCAAAAUUGAGCGCAAGCUGUACGGAAGGCAGGAUCUGGACUUCCUUGAGCGAGUUUUCCAGAAACUGUUGUUAAACUUCACUUGGUGGGUUAACCGCAAGGAUGCCGACGGCAAGAACGUCUUCGAGGGAGGUUUCCUCGGCCUCGACAACAUCGGCCUCUUCAACCGAUCUGAGCCGUUGCCGACUGGCGGCUCCCUGGAGCAGGCCGACAGUACCGGCUGGAUGGCUUUCUACUGUCUCAGCAUGCUGAACAUUGCCCUUGAGCUUGCCAAGCACAGGCGCACCUACGAGGAUAUUGCGUCCAAGUUCUUUGAGCACUUCAUCUUCAUCAGUGACGCCAUGACCUUCAGGACUGGCCAGAAGGACGAGAAGUCUCUGUGGAACGACGAGGAUGGCUUCUACUACGAUGCCAUUUCUUGGGGUGGCCCCUGGAUUCAGCAGCUCCCUGUCCGAUCUUUGGUCGGCCUGAUUCCACUCUACGCCACCAUGACUCUGGAGCCUGAGCUGAUUAACAAGCUGCCCUCGUUCAAGAAGAGAGUGGAUUGGUUUAUAGAGAACCGCUGUGACUUGGCCGAGAGAAACAUGGCCAGUAUCGCUAAGCGUGGCGAGGGCAACAGAAUCCUGCUGUCUAUCGUGAGCAAGGACAGGCUCGAGAAGAUUCUCAAGCGCAUGCUUGACGAGGAUGAAUUCUUUUCCGAGCACGGCAUUCGGUCUCUUUCCAAGUUCCACGAGAAGAAUCCCUUCUCAAUGGACGUCAACGGGCAGACCUUCUCCGUCGGAUACGUACCAGGCGAUUCUGACAGUGGCUUAUUCGGAGGCAACAGCAACUGGAGAGGACCCAUCUGGCUGUGUGUCAACUUCCUCUUGGUUGAGUCCCUCCAGCGCUUCUAUUUGUUCUACGGCCAUGAGUUCCAGGUCGAGUGUCCCACAGGCAGCGGCGAUUACAUGCAUCUCGGCCACGUCUCGAGAGAGAUCCAGCACCGUCUGCAGCACUUGAUGUCUCUCAACGACGACGGUCGUCGCAGCAUCAACGCCGGAAACGACUUGCUCGAUUUUGACCCUUACUGGAAGGACUACCUCUGGUUCUACGAGUUCUUCGACGGCGACUCCGGCCGUGGUCUCGGUGCCACCCACCAGUGCGGUUGGACUGGCCUGAUGGCCAAAAUCAUUCACGACACUGGUAUCACCUGCCGCCUUCCACAGACUCCCCGCACUCCUUCUGCUGGCAUGUCGCACUACUUCGACGAUAUCCUCACUCGCUCGAUCAAGCGCCGCGACUCUACCGCCCCAGGCACCCCGGGACCUAACGGCAAGCCACGCAUGCGCAGAUCUUCUACCGCACGCUCCAUCGGCGCACGUAGCGACUUCGACUCCGAGAUGAACGGACAGGACGGCGGCGACGAUUCGCUCGGCAACUCGGUCACUUUGGAGGAUCCGGACAAGCUGCGCGAGAGGAUGAGGGAGCGCUCGGAGGCAGACGCGCACAUGCAUCGCUACAUCUCAGAUCAGCUCCAGCGCUACAAGGAUGACAAGGAGGAUAAGGAGUAUGUCAACGGCGGCGACGAGUACGAGACCAGAGCCUAA